AUGUCUUCACACACUAUCGCCUUGCUAGGCCCCGGGGCCAUGGGAUCCGCAAUGGCCCUUCGGCUUUUCAGCUCUGGAGCGGGAUCUAUCAUGACCAACCUUGAUGGCAGAUCAGAAGCAGCAGUCGAACGUGCAAAGGCGUCUGGGAUGGUUCAUGCCUCGUACUCUGAAAUCAUCGCCAAGUGCACAAUCAUAUACAGCGUUGUUCCACCAAAGGAAGCGAGACACGUCGCAGAGCAGAUAGUCAGUGCGUACAAAGAGUUGGCGGAGGUGGCUUGCAAGGAUAUUAUCUUCACUGACUGUAAUGCGGUCAAUCCGGAUACCAUCAAGGAAAUGGCACAGCUCUUCACUGGAACGAAGAUUAGGUUCCUCGAUGGCGUCAUUAUUGGUUUCCCCCCUUCCGACACCAACAAUCCUGGGAUUUACGUUUCUGCGCAUCCAGAUGAUUUGUCUGUGUUGGAUGUGUUCACGGAGGUUUCGACAAAUUUUGGAUUGUACAUCAUCCCUCUGAAAGGCGAGGGCGCAAGUAUUGGUGAUGCCAGUGCUUUAAAAAUGUCGCAUGCAGCUAUUGUCAAAGGAACUAUUGGAAUAUGUGCGACGUCCAUUCUCGCCGCGCAAGCAAGCUCGCCGACUACCGCACAAGGCCUUUUGCAUGCUCUGAGCAUAUCUCAGCCCGCCUUUCUUGACAUUAUCGUCCGUCUGAUUCCCCAGAUAAUGCCCAAGGCAUAUCGGAUGGUGUUCGAGAUGGAGGAGGUUUCGGAUUUUGUAGGCGGUAUUGGCUACGUAAAUACGACAGUAAGACAGUAUGAAUUGGCCAUCUUUGCUAGGACAGCUCGGGUAAAUAAGUGUAAACUAGUCUACCCCGGUAGCUCGUAA